GUCACUGCCGGUACUCCAUCUAAUCCCCGGGCUCUUUGGCUAGUAAGCGCUGGGAGACCUUCCUGAGUUACCUGAGUUCGUGUCUUCCGUAGCUGGGCCUGUUGCUGCUGGCGUUCUUACGGUUUACGGAGAAAUCAUGCCCAAGUUCAAGCAACGAAGAAGAAAGCUAAAAGCCAAAGCAAAAAGAUUAUUCAAAAAAAAAGAAGCCUGUCAUUCUCAGUCCAAGCUAAUUACACCUCCCCCUCCACCACCCUCACCAGAAAGAGUAGUUAUUCCUUCAACAGAUACACCCCUUAGCAAAAGCUGGCUAAGAGCAUCCUGGAACUUCAAAUGUCCCAAUAUCAAAGAUGCAGUAAAACUUUGGACAAAUAGAGUGUGGUCUAUAUACAACUGGUGCCAGAACUGCAUGAGCCAGAGUUUAGAAGUAUUGAAAGAUACCAUCUUUCCAUCCCAUUUCUGCCACCGGGAAAUUCACAAUCUAAAACAACGGUUUCGCACUUUGGAAAGCGAAUUAUGCAAGCUCCAAGAAGCAUUGAAGACGGUCUCAGAAAAUUCUUUCUGUCCAAGCUGCGGUCAAACAUGUCACAUGAGUGGUAAACUUACAGAUGUGCCUGUGUGUGCUCUAAACACCCCUGGAGAAUCUGGAGCUGAAUUUCCUCCCACACUGCCACAGCCAGUCAUUCAUCUUCCUCCUCCACCUCCGCCUCCACCCCCUCCACCGCCUCCUCUGCCUCUGCCUCCACCGCCGAUAGCGCCUUUGCUGCUCAGAAAAUCCAAUCUCACUAAAGAACUUCAGGUUGGACCGUUAAAAAAAGAUGGACCUAUGCAGAUAACAGUUAAAGAUCUGCUGACUGUGAAAUUAAAAAAGACACAGAGUUUUGAUGAAAAGAGGAAGCAUGUACCAUCACCAAAGGCUCGGAAUCCACUAGUUACUGUCUCUGACCUGAAGCAUGUUACCCUGAAACCAAGCUCCAAAGUGUUAACUCAAGUGACAAAUGUCUUCAUUACUCCUGGUAAAAGCCAGAUAGAUCUACGGAAACUACUUAGAAAAGUCGAUGUAGAGAGGAGUCCAGGUGGAACCCCACUUACCAACAAAGAAAAUAUGGAAACAGGAACUGGGCUGACCCCAGUAAUGACCCGGGCUUUGAGGAGAAAGUUUGAGCUGGCUCACCCUAGAAGCCCAACUCAAACUCUGCCGCUUUCUACAAGCAGCUUUGAUGAACAAAACUGAUGCCAACUCUGCCAGACUCCUUGUGAUGAUCCACAAAAUGUACAGAUAAAAUCACUCUAAUAUUCUUUUUUCAAUAUAGUAGGGUAUGUAUAAAUAAUUGUGCUAAAAUAUAAUUCCAUUUGAAGAAUUAAAGUAUGUAUGGAGCCCAUUUAUACCAUGGUAUAAAGUGGGUAUUUGGAUAUUUUCUAGUUUGCGUGUUCAGUAAGAGAACAGAUGGGAAAAUGCAAUCUCCAAAGUGAUUUUAUCCUGAAAUUACCCAGUUUAGGUUAGAGAAGUUGUUCAAAUUUAGCUAGAUAACUGUAGCUUGUACUCUAUAGGUGCAGUUGUGACUUUAAGAAAAUAACCUGGUUCUUGUUCAUCUUGAGAAUUCUUGGGUAAUUGAAAAGAAAAGUAUUUUGGCCUGUAAAGUUCAUGCAUCAUAAGUGCUACGAACUUAAUGAAUAAAAAAGACCCUCUAAUUUGAUUUCUAUUUGCUAUAAACAGUUAGGAUGUUAGACCAUCCCCCAUCCAAACCCAACUAUUUUCUGAAAGGAUUUGAAGCCAAAGGUCCGACGUGACCCUAAAAAUUAGAAUGUAUCAUUUCUAGCAUCUUAGGUAUGUAGUUAGAUCUGGCUCACUUAAGUCUGAGAUAUUCCUUACUUUUAUAUCUGCUAUCCACAUUCAUGACGCUAAAUAUAAAUUUCGUGAAGACCUCAACACGAACUUGUUUUUUCCACAGUGCCCUGCCAAGGAUUCUCUGAGGUCCAUAGUGGGUUCUCUGUGAGACCUGAUUCCUUGUCCUCAACAACUUGUUCAUUCAAUAAUAGUAAUAAUGCACACCUUAUUGGAUUUUUUUCUUUCCAGCCAGGCUAGAGUUGCCAGAUUUAGUAAAUAUAAAUACAUGACACCCAAUCAAAUUUGAAUUUCAGAUAAACAACAAACAACUUCUCAGUAUACAUAUGUCUCAUUAAACAACGAAUAAUUUUUUUAAUAUAAGUAGGUCCCAAAUAUUGCAUGGGACAUAUUUAUGCUAAAAAAGUAUUCAUUGUUUACCUGAAAUUCAAAUUUUAUCUCAGCAUCCUAUAUUUUACGUAGGCAGCCCUAUCAGUCAGUCCCCUACAAAGUUGCCCAGGAUUUCAGGGAGCCCCAAGUUUGCCAGACAUGUCCACUUGGCAGAGGAUACUAAUAUAGCUUCAGCCAGGAUCCCCGUCAUUAGCGUGCUAAGUAUCAUAGAGGAAGGGGAACUCUCAUUAGGGCGAGUGUGACUGAAGGUGCAGGAUUAGCUUCGAUGCUGAAAACUUCCGCUGCAGUUCCAAGAAUAAGGAUAGAAGGUCCUCAUGGAUAGGAAACAAAGAGUUUCAGAUCUUCACUGCACUUUCUAGCCUGACUGGAAGUAGAUACCCAGAUGAUAUCCUUGAAAUAUUCUCUGAUUAGUUUAGGCUAAAAAGAUAUUUCAUCAAUUUCCCAGAAAUGCCUAUAUUUCCACAGAUAAAUAUAGCUUUGAGAUGCUAAAUACAGGGUUGUGGAAAGUCACCAGACUGGAAAGCAGACCCUGUUUUGUUCUUAUGAGACCCAUAUUUAUGUUUACAACACAUUUAUAGAUGAAAAUUAAAUAGAUAAUGAAGUUAAGAAACAUUUCUUCUGGUAAACUUUUCUUUUAAACCUGCUAGCUACAUUUAUAUUAUGUAAGAAUAAAGGGAAUGAUCACUGAGAAUAAAGCAAUUGAGUAUUGUAUCAGAAUGUUUUAUGCUGCACUUCUAAUGUUUAUAAUAUUAAUAAACCACCAUGUACUAUAUCAAUUUAAUUUAAAUGAUUUGAUCAUUCUUGUGGGAUAAAGGUUCAUUUAAAAAAAUGUUAUAGAAAUCCUAUAAAUAUCUGUAAAGCUGCUACUGCCAUUGUACCAGUAUUA